AUGGCUGAACAGUUCUGCACUCGUGCGCUUCAUUCCUUGGUUCAAGUUGUUCAUCACAGAAGAUCUUCCCUCCUUGCUUUGUGUGUUUUAGACUUUGUAUUUUCUGUCGUGGCGACUCUUGAAAAUCUGUUAGUUAUUCGCGCCUUAAUGAAAGCCUCAAAGAUACCGGCUACUGUCAAAAAGCUGUUCCUAAGUCUGGCUUUCUCUGAUCUUGCAGUUGGACUGUGUUCGCAGCUUAUGACCGCUAUUAUCAGCGCCUCGAUAUUGGCAUCAAGUGGAAACAACACCGCCUUCUUCUGUCCAACAGUUUUGGGUGUGAAAAGUUACUUUUUGUAUCUUCUCGGCAGUGCAUCUCUUCUGAAUGUUAUUUUUAUCGCAUUUGAUAGACUUCUCGCUGUUUCGCUCCAUCUGCGAUAUCAGGAGCUUAUCACACCCAAACGUGUUAAUAUAGCAUUGGUGUCUUUGUGGUUAAUAAGUUGUAUCACCGCCUUCAUAUUCGUUUUCCUUCCGACGAGCAAUGAAAUAGUAGCUGCAGUUAUUUUAAUGAUAGGGUAUGUUUUGACCACCGUAGCAUAUGUUCGUAUUUACAAAGUCGUCAAAUAUCAUCAAAAUCAGAUAUACAGGCAAAAUCAGCUUCAAAAUGCCCAAACAAGGGAGGCACUCCGACAAAGGAAGUCCGCCUAUAAUGCUAUAUUUGUCUAUCUUGUUUUUCUAGCUUGUUAUCUUCCUCUUUUGCCUUCAACAAUACUGUACAUGACAAAUACUUCUGAAAUUUCGUUUAUUGUCGCUAAUUACGCAUCGUUAUUCUUGAUCUGCCUGAAUUCAUCAUUAAAUCCUCUUGUUUAUUGCUGGCGGUACCGAGAAAUUCGCCAAAGUGUAAAAAGCACAGUGAAGAAAUUAUUUCACAUGAACGAGAACGUGACAUGAGAAACGAUUUAAAGCUUCGGAUAGUUUGAACUGAAAGUCUUUCCAGUGUCUUUUGCGAGGUCUGCAAAACGAAAUAUGGUAAGGACACCAAUGGACUUAUUUUGGUGCAAAGAAAAUGAGAAAUGUAAAACGAAACAGAAUAUUCUGUUAGAAACUGGAACUGGUGUUGAUAAAUUGUGAAACGCGAACUGGCUAAUAAACUUCUCAACGUUCUCAACGUUUCCAAGCCGACAUAUAUGUGAAGCCUGUCAUCCGUUACAGUUACUCACUCAUAAUCCCCUGCCACUUUGAGGAACAAUCAUACAUGAUAUACAUUUAAACGAUAUGUUUGUAUACUUUACAAAAAAGCAACGCAAGACUCUUAUUUUUUCCAAAUUCUAACCUUUAUAAAAACACAACCUAGUGUCUAAAGCUUUCAGAAAAGACGGAUCGAAACUACAGCACCCUGAUUUGCUGGAUAAAAGCCAAUCAACCCGCACCAUUUUCGAUCCUCCAAACGAUCAAGGGUGCAUAUAAUGACGGCUAACAAUACGGAAUGGUUAAGAGUUCACCUUCAACUAAGGAACAGUUGCUAAAUUUUUCAAACUAAAAGCUUGCGUCCGAUUGCUUAAAAGUUUAAAUAAGAGUAGAAUUGAACAAAAUCCAUCAUUAUUUUGUAAUGUGUAAAUCAUUUGCUGGUUGGAUCAAUUACGACAAAAAGCGCCCCCUUUCAACUUUUUACAUUAUUUAAUGUUCUCUCUUUAUACCGAUCGUUUUCAAUUAAACAAGCGGUUCCUCACAUCUCUAUUAUGGACAGAGACGUAAUUGGAAAUUAAUGGAAAAGGCCUAUAUACAAUGUAUUACGGUGUUUAAUUGUUUUGCUUGCAAUACUUACGUCACAAAACCUUCCCCUUGUUUUCCCCUUCCCCCGAUUGAUCUUGUCUACAAUCAUUCGAUGUUUCAACCCUAAAAAUUCAUUCCAACAAUAACACUGAAGUUUUGUUUGCACUCUGCCUAUAAACAUUAAGUCUUAGUCUUUAGUUAAUCAGAACCAUCUAUAUAACGUGUGACAGCAGAUGACUGUUACGAAAGAUAACUAAUUAACCGAGAAGGUAAUUAAUGCAGAUAUUUCAUCGAAAGGAAAAAUUCAUGUUUAUAGUCUUUACAAGUGAAACCAUGCCUGAAACUCAGCUACCGUUUUUAUCGUAAACUAACCUCUAAAAGAGACAAGCCCGUCCCAGUGUGAGGAUUUUCCUCUUUUAUGGAUGACAACAAACCGAAAAACGUCACUUAAAACUGUUUCAGACUUCAUCGAUCUUGUUCAGUUUCAAUUAAUUUGUCAAAUGUCGGCUAAAAUGUCUGCGGUUAAAUCCGAAAAGACCGUAUUUAAGUUUAGAAAAAGAAAAAAAAAUUGUGUUGUUUUCACCUAGUUUAUAAAGCGGACGCGUGAAAUUAGGAAGUUUCACGUCGUACUCGUGCUACGACGACUAAGAAAUGCACAAAAAAGCGUGAUGCACGUGCAAAGUUGUUGUUUUGCUAUCUAAACUUAUUGCUUUUUCGCCGUUCUUGUUGCCGUCGCCGUCGUCGUUGCUUAAGCUCCCUAUUGUUGUGAUCCAAAAAUUUUGUUACUAUGGUAACACGACGUCACACUUCUCCUCUCUAUUUAGAGUGGUCUUUACACUAGAGCCUAAAUAAGCUAAGAAAUAUUUCGAGACAAGUAAAUUUUAAAUUCUUCAAGUAAAAGAAAGCUUCACACACAACCUUUCUUUUUUACUUCGGUUUUACUUAAACCUAUUUUCCUACGCAACAUAAUUAAGAUUGAUUGACAUGCUUCGCCUUUCUCAAAGCAAAGAUACCGCAAUUUGGCUAAGUCAGUUUUAAGGAUGGUUUUGAAGUCACUUGAAAAUUUCUUGAAUCGUUUCAACUUUCCGACUUUAAUGAGAUGCAAAGUAAAGUUACUUGAAAUUUUACUUAGGCCUUCACACACGCAUUUUCGUUAAGUAAAACUUGGCAGCUCUUAAGUCUUACUUAACAGCCUUGUGUAAACACAACCAAUUGCUUUGCUUUCAAAACUUAGCUCGCAAAACCUUUCCGAUCUUUCCUGGGUGGCUUUGUCUACAAUCGAAUUGGUGUUUAAACCCUAUUAAAAUUUACACCAACAAUAAGAAUUUCUGUUUCCACUCUACUUAUAAACAUUAAGUCUAAGGUUCUGCAAAACGAAACGGCUAUAUAACGUGUCACAGCAGAUGGCUGUUAUGAAAGGUAGCUAAUCAACCGAGGGGUAUAUCAACGUAUAUAGUUUAUCGAAAGGAAAUCUAUAUAAUAUUACAAUUUAAAACAUGGAUGAACAGUACUGCGCUCGAAUGCUGGAUUUUUUGGUACAACUUGUUAGCCAAAGGAGAAGUUUCUUCUUUGCUUUCUGUGUUUUAAACUUUGUAUUCUCUCUCGUGGCUACUCUUGAAAAUCUUUUAGUUAUCCGUGCGUUAACGAAGGCUUCUACGAUACCUGCCACCGUCAAGAAGCUGUUCCUAAGUCUGGCUUUCUCUGAUCUUGCAGUUGGACUGUGUUCACAGCUAAUGAAGGCUAUUAUCAGUGCCUUGAUAAUUAAGAUGGCAUCGAGUGGAGACAAUUUAGCCACCUUCUGCCCAGCAGUUUUAAACGUGCAUUCUUAUUUCACGUAUCUUCUCGCCAAUGCAUCUUUUCUGAAUGUUACUGUCAUUGCAUUUGAUAGACUUCUCGCUGUUUCGCUCCAUCUGCGAUACCAGGAGCUUGUCACUUCCAAACGUGUUAUAGUAGUGUUAGUGUCUGUAUGGAUAAUAAGUUGCAUCCUCGCCUUUAUAUACAUUUCUCUUCCAAAAGGCAUUGAAAUGGUAGCCGUGGGAAUUGCCCUCGUAGGCAGUAUUCUGACAACCGUGGCAUAUGUUCGUAUUUACAAAGUCGUAAAAUAUCAUCAGAACCAGAUAUAUACUCUGAAUCGUCUUCAAACUGCGCAAACAAGGGAGGCACUUCGACAAAGGAAGUCGGCUUAUAAUGCUUUAUUUGUCUAUGCUGUUUUUCUAGUUUGUUAUCUUCCUUUUUUGCCUAGCACAAUAUUGUAUGUGACAAACACUUCUGAAAUUUCAGUCCUCAUAGGUCAAUUUACCUCGCUGUUCUUGAUUUGCCUGAAUUCAUCAUUAAAUCCUCUUGUUUAUUGCUGGCGGUAUCGAGAGAUUGGCGAAAUUGUAAAAAACACAAUA